AGAAACUUCCAUUUCUUUCUGGAACAAGGUACAUUCCCUAUUUAAAUUCUUCCCAACCAAGAAAUAUCCACAAAACAAAUUCUCAAACAAAAUCUUAGCUUUGUAAGCAGCUUUCCUCGUAUCUGAAAAGAGAUGGAUUUCAGAGUGAUGGGUUUGGAAUCUCCACUGUUUCACACGCUACAUCACAUGAUGGACAUGUCGGAGGAGCGUGUAGGGGAGAAGACACAGAAUGCUCCGACACAGACAUACGUGCGAGACGCGAAAGCGAUAGCCGCAACACCUGCGGAUGUGAAGGAAUAUCCCAAUUCCUACGUGUUCGUGGUCGACAUGCCAGGGUUGAAAUCUGGUGACAUAAAGGUUCAGGUUGAAGACGAUAACGUGCUUGUGAUUAGCGGGGAGAGAAAGAGGGAAGAAGAGAAAGAAGAGAAAGCAGGGGUGAAGUUUCUGAGAAUGGAACGAAGGGUUGGAAAAUUGAUGCGCAAGUUUGUUUUGCCUGAAAAUGCGAACACUGAUGCGAUCUCUGCUGUGUGUCAAGAUGGUGUGCUUAGUGUUACUGUGCAGAAAUUGCCUCCUCCAGAACCUAAGAAGCCUAAGACCAUUGAAGUCAAGAUUGCUUGAGAUCGAAGAACAGAACAAAAGAACGUUGUUUUGAACUGUUGGGAGUUUUGUCUCUUAGAGGCCUUGUUCAUUUUCACUGUUACAAGAUGUUUUAGCUUGCUUUGGUUGUAAUUUCUUAUUGACGUCCUCUGUUGUUUUUGUAGUUUUGUGAUAAUAUCAGCAAUGGUUUUGGUUUAAUCA